AGGGCGUGUUAAUGUUUUGUGACACACUGUUUGUUUGUGUAUUAGUUUAAUUUUCUUAAUUUACUCGUCUCAUGUUUUGUUUUUUUCCGUUUAUCUAACUAAAAACUAUAAAAUAAUUGCAAUCUAACGCCAUGGGCGUGUCCAAUCGUAGUACACAAGUUGCCCUUGGCAUCUCAGUGUUUUCGUUUUUGCUGUUCAUCAUCGCCUUCGCAACGCCCUAUUGGCUUGUCACCGAUGGACGUCUUCAAAAUCCACGCUUCACCAACCUGGGACUGUGGGAGGUGUGCUUUAACAACUUCCAGGACAUUCACCGGUUCUACGACACACGCUUCACCGGCUGCAUGUGGGUUUUCGAAGAGGAAUACUAUAUAAUACACGACUUCUUGCUGCCUGGCUUCUACAUUGCUGUGCAAUUCUUUGCCACACUGUGCUUCAUCAUGUGCCUUAUUGCUUUACCCCUUACAUUGGCUAUACUGCGUACAUCCCGUGACGAUGACCGCUAUGUGGUGCUGUUGCUCACCAUUGGCUCCUGUGAGGUUCUUGCCUCAAUUUUCGGGUUUAUCGCUGUGGUGAUUUUCGGAGCCAAGGGAGAUUCGCGUGAUUGGAUGCCCGGAUGGCAGAACAACGAUAUGGGCUGGUCCUUUGCCUUGGCCGUCGUCGGUGGCGUCAUGCUGCUUCCUGCUGGUAUUCUCUACAUGGUGGAAGCGCGUCGCGAACGCUACAAGCGUCUCAAUGAAAUCAGCAACCGUGAUGUGAGCGAAUACGGCGAUGAUUACUAUCAAAGUCAAGCUGCAGCUGCGGCCGUUGCAGCGUCACAGCCAUCAACAUCCGCUUCCGCGAAACAGCCAGAGAUGCCUUACUUUGCUCCGGAGCCAAGCCGUCCGCGUCGACCACAACCAGGUCGCCAUCAUCAACAACAACAGCAGCAGCAAGCAACUGCUCCGCCUCAGGGCAGCAUCCAAACGGACAUUUAAAGUCUAGAAGUGUAGCUCACACAUUAACAUAACGUAUAACAUAUCCGUCCUUUUAUCGAAUCUGAUUUUUAUCAUUCAAACUCUUUGUUUGUCGUCGUCCUUAACCUUAAGUGCAACAAUUUUAUUCGAAUCUCAAACGAACUCGAAAACAUUCCACAAAUAUUUUAUACAAGCUUUUGAUGCAUUACUAAACAUAUUUUUCUACAAUGCAAAGUAUUUAUUUAAAUAAAUUC